UCCGCAGAACAUAUUUAUAGUCUUGCGUUCUCAUUCUCAAAACACAUUUCCGUUCUGAAGCAAGGAGCUUUAUGUUAAAACCAGAAGAAGAGAAGAUAAUAUGGAGAGAUACUCAUCAGCAGCUGCCUUGGUUCCGCGCGACGAGGCCGUGACCGUCCCUUCCCAGGCCUACCCGUUCCACAAGUCGCUCCACUCGGUCCGCAAGCCCCCCGCGAAGCCGUGGAAGAAGCCGACCACCCCGGUCCCCCCGAACCCCACCUGGGUCUACAUGGUCGAGCCCAUCAACUUCCGAGAGCUCGUCCAGAAGCUCACGGGGGCUCCGUCCCGGCAGCAGCUGCCGCAUCAUCCCCCGGUCCGCCGACUCCAGGAGUCGGCCCCUCCGCCGCUUGAGCUCUUGAUGCAUAACCCGGUCCGCAGUGAUAUCAACAAUAAAAACGCGGCGGCGGCAGGGAAGGCCGCUACUCCUUUAUCUGCUGUUUACAGGGAGCUGGUGUCUGAAGGCCUUGAGAAGAAGUCUCCCCACAAGUUUGGAGACGGCUUCGAGCUGAGCCUGUCGCCGAGCUUUCUUGGAUGGAGCACGAUUCCCAUGUUGAGUCCGGGGACGACGUCUGGAUUCUAGCCUUACAAACAACCAAAGUUCAAUUUCUCGUACGGUUUUUCAAAAAGAUUGAGCCGUCAAGAAAAGGCCGUGGAUCCAAAAUGUGUUCUGACUCAUACAGUGCUGUUAUUCUUUUCUUUUUUGACUUUGUAAAUUUCUUAGGCUGUUUUCAGAUGUAUGAAGUGACAGCGAGUUCAUCGGUAGUUGUUACUUUUCUCCUGCUCAUACAAAUUUCGUAUGUCGUUUUUUGUAUUCUCGAAACAAGAAAAAACAGCUAGUUCAUGAUUUAUUCUUGA